AUGCUACCGACGCCGUCAACCUCGCACGUAUCGUACGAUAGGAUCUACGAACCAGCCGAAGACUCGUAUCUGUUUCUCGACACGCUCUCGUCGGCCUCCGAGACGGCAUGGCUGCAUUCACGCUUCAAUCCCGCUUCUGCGUCUCUGUCCGACGACAAGGCCAACACAACGACAUCGACAUCGACAUCGACAGCGAGACUGACGCCAACACCAAUACCAACAUCAAAACCAACACCACUGUUGGUCGAAAUCGGUCCCGGUUCUGGCGUCAUCAUCGCGUUUCUAACAGCACACGCGGGCCUGAUUUUCGGCCGUGACGUGCUGAGUCUAGGCGUCGAUGUCAAUCCACAUGCGUGCCGAGCUGCUCGGACGACCGUGGAGAAGGCUCUCAGCGAAGCAAAGUCGACGAGGGGCAAGCAAACGGCAACCAGAACGCCGGAGAAGGACUCAUGUGGUGGUGGCGACGGCAACACUAGUCCUCCUCUCAGCAGUCUAUAUCUGGCCUCUCUGACAGGCGACCUCGCGACUUCUCUCCGACCAGGUGAGGUCGACGUGCUGAUCUUCAAUCCGCCAUAUGUACCGACUGACUCUGUGCCGGACAUUGAAAGGCCUGGAAAUUCAACACCAGCACCAGCACCAGCACCAACACCAAUACCGGCACCAACACCAACACCAACACCAGCGGCCGUGGACGUGAACGUGGAUGUGUCCGCAAGUGUGAAUGGCACGACACCACCCGACGUUAAGGCUACGCGCGCCUUGACGUUCGAGGAAUCGUCGCACCUCCUCGCCCUCUCGUACGCCGGCGGAGUGGACGGGAUGCAAGUCACGACCCGGCUCCUACAUGAGCUUCCACGCGUCUUGAGCCCCAGGGGCGUCGCGUACAUCCUGUUCUGCAGGGGCAACAAGCCGGAAGACGUGAAAGGCUGGAUUCGCGACUGGGAUGACGGCAGCGGCGGCAGGUGGUCGGCCGAAACGGUCGGCUCGAGCGGCAAGACGGCCGGCUGGGAGAAGUUGGAGAUUGUAAGGAUAUGGAGAGAGUAG